GGGAGACAAAGAGGAGCAAAUUUGCCUUUUGCCAGUAUCCAUUUCUACUCAGUAUUUGGGCCAAGUCUCAAAUUCUGGAAUACGAUGCCCGCCGUCAAAUGACUACGAAGGCGCGGGAUGCCUUUUUCGAUAGUAUCAUGACACGGAAGAAUGUCACGCAGCACUUGACACUUGACGUACGCCGUGACUGCUUGGUGGAGGACAGCCUGGCUGCUGUGAGCGAGGUGAUUGGCAGCGGUGGCGAAGACAUCAAGAAGCGCCUGCGCAUCGAAUUUAGAGGCGAAGAGGGCUACGAUGCAGGCGGUCUCUGCAAAGAAUGGUUUCUUCUCCUCGUCCGUGAGGGUGUUCAACCCAGAGCACGGCCUGUUUACCUACGAUGAGGAGUCACAGCUUUGCUACUUCAACCCCAACUCUUUUGAGACGUCGGACCAGUUCUUCCUCGUGGGGGUGGUCAUUGGGCUUGCCAUCUACAACUCGACCAUUCUGGAUGUGGCGCUUCCGCCAUUUGCCUAUCGCAAGCUGCUCGCUGCGGCGCCAAUCUCCCCAGUUCCAUCGUCUGCACACCCACGUCCUAUCAUGACGUAUAACCUUGAAGACUUGGCCGAGUGGCGCCCACGAUUAGCUGCAGGCCUUAAACAGCUGCUUGAUUACGAUGGUGACGUGGAGGAGACAUUUGGCCUCGACUUUGUUGUCCCAGUUGAUAAGUAUGGGACAGUGCUUCAGGUUCCCCUCUGUCCAGGAGGCGAAUGGAAGCCCGUCACGAACGCAAACCGACGAGAAUUCGUAGACUGCUACGUGCGCUACCUCCUGGACCACGCAGUCACCCGGCAAUUCGAGCCAUUCAAGCGCGGCUUCUACACCGUCUGUGGAGGCACCGCACUGUCCCUUUUCCGGCCGGAAGAGAUUGAACUUCUGGUCCGGGGCUCAGCCACAGCUCUUGAUAUCGACUCGCUCCGAGCUGCAGCUGAGUAUGACAAUUGGGGCAGUAAGAAUCCUGAUGGUACAGAGCCUGUCAUCGGCUGGUUCUGGGACACGUUCAAAAGCGCCAAACCUUCAGAACAACGAAAGCUCCUAUCAUUCAUUACCGGAAGUGACCGAAUACCCGCUAUGGGCGCUGCGCUCCUUCCGAUCAAGAUAUCCUGCCUCGGAGAGGACGAAGAACGUUAUCCCAUUGCUCGAACGUGUUUUAACAUGCUGUCUCUUCGCCGUUACGGCUCGCAAGAACGACUAGAGCACAUGCUCUGGACGGCUGUGCACGAAAGCGAAGGUUUUGGCUUGAAGUAAACGGCACAAGGAAUAAAUAAACAACUCUUAUCAUUGUCAUGGCGUAUGGGAGUCCGGAAUAGGCAAAGGAUAUCGCAAAGGGCGCAUAGAGGGGACCUCUUCAUCUGUAAAACAAUCACCUUCGGCUGCUACGCAGGAUCCGAUGUGUAUCAAGCAUUCAGGCGAGGUUCGCAUACAGCCAACGAAUUGACCUUGUUCAUGAGC